GCCCCGAUGAGGGUCCCGGGCGCGGGGCGCGCGCAGCAGCGGCGGCGGCGGGGCCAUGGGGUCGCAGGUGCUGCAGAUCUUGCGCCAGGGGGUGUGGGCCUCGCUCACCGGCGGUUGGUUCUUCGACCCGCACCAGAGCACCUUCUCCAACUGCUUCCACCUCUACGUCUGGAUCUUCCUGCUCACCUUCCCCUUCCUGCUGUACAUGGUCCUGCCCCCCAGCUUGAUGGUGGCCGGCGUGUACUGCCUAGUGGUGGCUGUCAUCUUCGCGACCAUCAAGACAGUCAACUACCGGCUGCAUGCCAUGUUCGACCAGGGUGAGAUCGUGGAGAAACGCAGCUCCACCGCGGGGGAGCCGGAGGAGGAAGCGGCGGCCCAGGGGGACAGCAAUCCACCCAGGGACCCCGGCGUGGAGAUGACAGUGUUUCGGAAAGUGAGCUCCACACCCCCUGUCCGCUGCAGCUCCCAGCACUCCGUGUUUGGCUUCAACCAGGUCUCGGAGUUGCUUCCCCGGAUGGAGGACUCGGUGCCCCUGCGAGACAUCAAGGAGCUGGUCCGGGAGCAAGGCAGUAACAACGUGAUCCUCACCUCGGCCCACCGUGAGAUGCUGAAGCUGAGCUCACAGGAGAAGCUGAUUGGAGACCUUCCGCAGACGCCUCCAGGUGGUAUCCCUGACCCUUCCCUGCCUAGCACGGACUCGGAGCGCUCACCUCUGUCUGGAAGUUGCGGUCCAUGGAGUGGGAGCAGCGUGGUGGACACACCCCUGAGCCCCCUGCUCAAAGGCAGCCUGAGCCAGGAGCUGAGCAAGAGCUUUCUGACCCUGGCACGGCCUGACCGUGCUCUGGUGAGGACCAGCAGCCGCCGGGAACCGCGGCGGGCCGUGGGGGGCUACCAGCCCCUGGACCGGCGCAGCUCGGCGGAGCCACUGCCCCAGAAAGCCGGCUCCUCAGACUCCUGUUUUAGCGGCACCGACAGGGAAACGGUGAGCAGCUUCAAGAGUGAGAAGACCAACUCCACCCACCUAGACAGCCCCCCAGGCGGGCCAGCUGCCGAGGGCAGCGACACAGACCCCCCAUCUGAGGCCGAGCUCCCGGCUUCCCCAGACGCCGGCGUCCCCUCGGACGACACGCUUCGGUCCUUUGACACUGUUAUAGGCGCCGGGACACCGCCCGGCCCUGCUGAGCCGCUGCUGGUUGUGCGGCCCAAGGACUUAGCCCUGUUGCGGCCAAGCAAAAGGCAGCCGCCCCUACGGAGACACUCGCCCCCCAGCCGGGCCCCUCGCCGGCCCCUGCUGGAGGGGUCCGGCUUCUUCGAGGAUGAAGACACAAGCGAGGGGAGCGAGCUGAGCCCAGCCUCCAGCUUCCGCUCUCAGCGUCGCUACAGCUCUGACAGCUCCUCCUCGGCUUCUGGCUACUCCCCUGAGAGCUCUCGGGGUGCAGUGGGAGGCGCACGGAAGCGACGGGCUCCCCACGGGGCUGAGGAGGGGACCGCUGUGCCUCCAAAACGACCCUAUGGGACUCAGAGGACAUCUAGUACUGCCAGUGCUAAGACGCACGCCCGCGUGUUGAGCAUGGACGGGGCGGGGGACAUCGACCUCAGGGGCCCCCUGGCAGGCUGCAAGGCUGAGCUGGAGGCCCAGACAGGGCCAGAACUGGGGUCUGGUGAGCAUCCUCCAGCGCUGCCCACCGAGGCACGCAGGGGACCUGCUGCCAACCAGCCAGGCUGGCGCGGGGAGCUGCAGGAGGAAGGAGCUGCGGGGGGAGCAGCUGAGGACGCAGGCAAACGGGACCGUUCGAGCAGCGUUCGGCGUGCCCAGGCCAUCCGCAGGCGCCACAACGCGGGCAGCACCCCCACGCCCCCUGCUUCGGUCAUGGGCUCCCCUCCCAGCAGCCUGCAAGAAGCCCAGCGGGGCCGGGCUGCCUCCCACUCGCGUGCGCUGACACUGCCGUCUGCCCUGCACUUCGCCUCCUCCCUGCUGCUCACGCGUUCGGGCGCCAACGUGCAUGAGGCCUGCACUUUUGACGACACGUCAGAGGGCGCCGUGCACUACUUCUACGACGAGAGUGGCGUGCGGCGCUCCUACACCUUUGGCCUGGCUGGUGGCGGCUAUGAGAACCCUGUGGGGCAGCAGGGGGACCAGACAGUCAAUGGGGCCUGGGACCGGCACUCGCACUCAUCCAGCUUCCACUCUGCCGAUGUGCCCGAGGUGGCGGGCGGCCUGAACCUGCUCCAGCCGCGGCCUGUGGUCCUGCAGGGCAUGCAGGUGCGCCGCGUGCCCCUGGAGAUCCCUGAGUUUGACCUGGACCAGGAAUCCCUGCACGAACCCCAGGAGCAGACGUUGAUGGAGGAGGCGCUGCCUCGUCCCCAGCACAGCUACAAGUACUGGCUGCUGCCUGGUCGCUGGACCUCUGUGCGCUACGAGCGGCUGGCUCUCCUGGCCCUGCUGGACCGGACUCGGGGGCUGCUGGAGAAUGCGCUGGUUGUGGGCCUGAGCAGCCUCGUGGCCUUCCUGGGCUACCUCCUGUUGCUCAAGGGCUUCUUCACCGACAUCUGGGUCUUCCAGUUCUGCCUGGUCAUCGCAUCCUGCCAGUACUCCUUGCUGAAGAGUGUCCAGCCUGAUGCCGCCUCGCCUAUGCACGGCCACAACUGGGUGAUCGCAUACAGCCGGCCUGUGUACUUCUGCAUCUGCUGUUUGCUCAUCUGGAUGCUCGACGCCCUGGGCGCCGCCCAGCCCUUCCCGCCCGUCUCUCUCUACGGCCUCACUCUCUUCUCUGCCUCCUUUUUCUUCUGCGCUCGAGAUGUGGCCACCGUGUUCACCUUGUGCUUCCCGUUCGUCUUCCUCCUGGGCCUCCUGCCCCAGGUCAACACAUGUCUCAUGUACCUGCUGGAGCAGAUUGAUAUGCAUGGUUUCGGGGGCACAGCUGCCACUAGCCCGCUCACCGCCGUCUUCAGCCUGUCCCGCAGCCUGCUGGCCGCCGCCCUCCUCUACGGCUUCUGCCUUGGCGCCAUCAAGAGCCCCUGGCCAGAGCAGCAUGUCCCUGUCCUCUUCUCCAUCUUCUGUGGCCUCCUGGUGGCGCUGUCUUACCACCUAAGCCGGCAGAGCAGUGACCCCACCGUGCUUUGGUCUCUCAUCCGGAGCAAAUUCUUCCCUGAGCUGGAGGAGCGGAGUCUGGAAACAGCCCGGGCCGAGCCCCCCGACCCACUCCCAGAGAAGAUGCGGCAGUCUGUGCGUGAGGUUCUGCACUCUGACCUGGUGAUGUGUGUGGUCAUCGCCGUGCUCACCUUUGCCAUCAGCGCCAGCACCGUCUUCAUUGCCCUGAAGUCAGUGCUGGGGUUCGUGCUAUACGCGCUGGCUGGCGCCGUGGGCUUCUUCACGCACUACCUGCUGCCGCAGCUCCGGAAACAGCUGCCCUGGUUCUGCCUGUCACAGCCGCUGCUGAAGCCACUGGAGUACAGCCAGUACGAAGUGCGCGGCGCGGCCCAGGUGAUGUGGUUUGAGAAGCUGUACGCCGGCCUGCAGUGUGUGGAGAAAUACCUCAUCUACCCCGCGGUGGUGCUCAACGCCCUCACGGUGGACGCCCACACUGUUGUCAGCCACCCCGACAAGUUCUGCCUCUACUGCCGGGCUCUGCUCAUGACUGUGGCCGGCCUGAAGCUGCUGCGCGCCGCCUUCUGCUGCCCACCCCAGCAGUACCUGACUUUGGCCUUCACUGUCCUGCUCUUCCAUUUCGACUACCCGCGCCUUUCCCAGGGCUUUCUGCUUGACUACUUCCUCAUGUCACUGCUCUGCAGCAAGCUGUGGGACCUGCUGUACAAGCUGCGUUUUGUGCUGACCUACAUCGCGCCCUGGCAGAUCACCUGGGGCUCCGCUUUCCACGCUUUUGCCCAGCCCUUUGCUGUGCCACACUCGGCCAUGCUGUUCGUCCAGGCGUCGCUGUCAGCGCUUUUCUCCACACCCCUGAACCCCCUGCUGGGCAGCGCUGUCUUCAUCAUGUCCUACGCGCGGCCCCUCAAGUUCUGGGAGCGCGACUACAACACUAAACGUGUGGAUCAUUCCAACACACGCCUGGCCACUCAGCUAGACCGGAACCCAGGUGCGGACGACAACAACCUCAACUCCAUCUUCUACGAGCACCUGACGCGGUCGCUGCAGCACACACUGUGCGGGGACCUGGUGCUGGGCCGCUGGGGCAACUAUGGCCCCGGAGACUGCUUCGUGCUGGCCUCCGACUACCUCAACGCCCUGGUGCACCUCAUCGAGGUCGGCAAUGGCCUCACCACCUUCCAGCUGCGCGGCCUGGAGUUCCGGGGGACCUACUGCCAGCAGCGCGAGGUGGAGGCCAUCACAGAGGGUGUGGAGGAAGACGAGGGCUGCUGUUGCUGUGAGCUGGGCCACUUGCCACGCGUCCUGUCCUUCAAUGCUGCCUUCGGACAGCGCUGGCUGGCCUGGGAGGUGACAGCCAGCAAGUAUGUGCUGGAGGGUUACAGCAUCAGCGACAACAACGCCGCUUCCAUGCUGCAAGUCUUCGAGCUCCGAAAAAUUCUCAUCACUUACUAUGUCAAGAGCAUCAUCUAUUAUGUGAGCCGCUCGCCCAAGCUGGAGGCCUGGCUGAGCCAUGAGGGCAUUGCAGCCGCCCUGCGGCCUGUGCGGGCCCCUGGCUAUGCCGACUCGGACCCCACCUUCUCACUGAGUGUGGACGAGGACUAUGACCAACGGCUCUCGGGCCUCUCCCUGCCUGCCUUUUGCGCCGUGCACCUGCAGUGGGUGCAGUACUGCGCCUCGAGGCGUGCCCAGCCCGUGGACCAGGAUUGGAACUCGCCACUGGUCACGCUGUGUUUUGGCUUGUGUGUGCUGGGUCGCCGGGCCCUGGGGACGGCCUCACACAGCAUGUCUGCCAGCCUGGAGCCCUUCUUGUAUGGCCUGCACGCCCUGUUCAAGGGGGACUUCCGCAUCACCUCCCCGCGCGAUGAGUGGGUCUUUGCCGACAUGGACCUGCUCCACCGCGUGGUGGCGCCUGGGGUGCGCAUGGCCCUCAAGCUUCACCAGGACCACUUCACCUCCCCGGACGAGUACGAGGAGCCAGCUGCCCUGUACGACGCCAUCGCGGCCAAUGAGGAGCGUCUGGUCAUCUCCCACGAGGGUGACCCCGCAUGGCGCAGUGCCAUCCUCAGCAACACACCGUCACUGCUGGCGCUGCGCCACGUGCUGGACGACGCCUCGGACGAGUACAAGAUCAUCAUGCUCAACCGGCGCCACCUCAGCUUCCGGGUGAUCAAGGUGAACCGCGAGUGUGUGCGCGGCCUGUGGGCUGGACAGCAGCAGGAGCUGGUGUUCCUGCGCAACCGCAACCCUGAGCGUGGAAGCAUCCAGAACGCCAAGCAGGCCCUCCGCAACAUGAUCAAUUCCUCCUGCGACCAGCCACUGGGCUACCCCAUCUACGUGUCACCCCUCACCACCUCACUGGCCGGCAGUCAUCCACAGCUGCGGGCGUUGUGGGGUGGUCCGGUCAGCCUGGGUGCCAUCGCCCGCUGGCUACUGCACAGCUGGGAGAGGCUACAUAGCUGUGGUGCAGGCUGCAACAGCGGCGGCAAUGUGGAACGAUCAGACUGUGCCGGAGGUGGAGGCCUGAGCUCCCUGAGCGCCAACCCACCCUUGGCACACCCCACGCCCGAGAACACAGCAGGCAGCAGCGACCAGCCUCUCCCUCCGGGGCCCAGUUGGGGCCCACGGCCCUCCCUCAGCAGCUCCAGUGAAGGUCGGCCCCCUCCUCUGCUGCAGUGGCCCCCCCCUCGGCUCCCAGGACUACCCCCAGCUUCGCCUAUCCCUGCUGAAGGCUCCCGGCCCCCCCGGCCCCCUGGCUCUGGUCUCCUCAGUUCUGAGGGUCCCAGUGGGAAGUGGAGCCUGGGGGGUCGGAAGGGACUGGGGGGAUCAGAUGGGGAGCCAGCCUCAGGGAGCCCCAAAGGAGGCACCCCCAAAUCUCAGGCGCCCUUAGACCUCAGCCUCAGCCCUGAUGUCAGCACUGACACUUCACCCCCCAGAGCCACGCAGGAUUUGCCCGGCCUGGACAACAGUGCUCCUAAGAGUGACACGCCCACUGGCCUCGGGAACUGGCCUGUCCCCACAGGACGGGAGAGCCCAGCCGCCCAGCCCCUGCUGAGCAUCAGUACUGAGCAGCCUGACCCUGGAUCCCGAUCUGGAUUCAGUAGCUCGGACCCCUGGCCUUAGGCCCUUCCUGUCGGACCACAGAACUGAGUGGCUUUGGGUCCACAUCGGAAACUUGACCUUCGGCUGCCAGCAUACCAGAACUGAGUGGCCAGACCUCCGACCUUGCCCCCUGCUCUGGUCUCUCGCCCAGAUGUGGUUGCCCCACACUGAGGCAGGCAGCCCGGCCCACAGAGCCAAACCCAAGGGCUGGUCCCGCUUGGAGCCGGUGGCCUGGACUGACAGCCCCUGGGGCUGAAAGGGGGAGGGUGGAUUUCUUCUUUCUUUCCAUUUUGUUUUUCAUUUAUUUUCCCGUGCUUCAGAGACACCAGAAUUAAUAACACUAUUUUUGAUUU